UUUUAUUUGUAAUUGUUUUUACAAGAUUAAUUUUUGAAAAUUAACAAAAGAUCUAUGGACCGUCGCGCUUAUGCCUAAUUGUUUGGCUUGGACCCGUUUACAUCCAAAGAAACCAUCAUUUUCCACCCAAAACAAUAAACAUUUUUCACCAUUCAUCAUUUUUUACCAUUAAUUUAGUCAUAUUUACGUAAUAAUUAUUCAUUUAAUACUUUUUAUAAUCAAUACAUUUCAUAAACGAGUAAGUUAAUUAAAUAUGUCACAAUCAAACACGAAUAAAACCAUAUUUUACUCACCAUUAUUUACGUAAAAAAAACAACUUUAAAAAAAUUCUAGACAAUUUACCGAGAAUAAACCAUUAUUUACAGUUGUGUUUUUUUAGGGCACCAUUAUUUACGAAACCGCCUAAGCAACACUUAACACUAUAUAUAAGAUGACUAUUGAUUUGAGUGAAUAUGUAUGUGUUCAUCGAAUUAUACAGAAUAAUAGAAAUAGCAAAAGCUUAUAGAUAUUAAGUUAAAUAUUAUUAACAAAUCAUUUUCGUAAAAUCGUCCUUUCUUUCUCUGGCCCCCUCGCUUCUCUCCUUCAGAUUAGCAGUCCGAAUAUUCCAGUGAUUCUUGAAAUAUUCUAUUUAAAAGAUUCAUAAUCGAACCAAUAAGGGAAAACCAAUUUUGCUAAUAAAAUCAAAUAAUACUAUUCAACAAUUUAAUAAUUAGAAUAAUGAUGAUCUACUAAUAAUUCCAGCUAGAUCUACCUUUCCUCCUUGUCCUAAUGCUUGAUAUAUUCUUCUUCUUCUUCGUUUUUCUUCUUGCUUGACAAUUAAUGGAGGAUCCUCAAGGAAGAAUCAAACUAAGCGAUGGUAGAUACUUGGCCUACAAGGAAAGAGGUGUCCCCAAGGAUGAUGCAAAGUUCAUCAUCGUUCUUGUUCAUGGAUUUGGUAGCUCCAAAGAUAUGAACUUCAAUGUCUCACAAUUAUAAUCUCAGGAGUUUGUGAAUGAAAUUGGGAUAUACUUUGUGCUAUACGAUCGAGCUGGUUACGGAGAGAGUGACCCGAAUCCGAAACGUUCAUUGAAGAGCGAAGCACACGAUGUUCAAGAACUGGCGGAUCGGUUAGAGAUCGGAUCCAGGUUUUAUCUCAUUGGAAUCUCAAUGGGUUCAUACACUAUUUGGAGUUGCCUUAAACAUAUUCCUCAAAGGUUAGCAGGAGUGGCAAUGGUGGCUCCGAUGGUGAAUUACCGGUGGCCGUCGAUUCCAAAGAGUCUGAUGCAAAAUGACUACAGAAGAGAAGUGGUGAAAUGGUCCGUUUGGGUCGCUAACUAUUUUCCGGGACUUCUGAAGUGGUUGGUGACUCAAAACUUAUUCUCUACAACUAAUUCGAUGCUAGAGAAAAACCCUGUUUACUUCAACGACCAAGACAUCGAAGUCCUCAAGCACAACACCAAAGGCUUCCCAAUGCUCACUAAGGAGAAGUUACGAGAACGCGGCGUUUUCGAGACACUGAGAAGCGAUUUUUUGGUGGCAUUCGGCGACUGGGACUUCGAUCCGGCCGACCUACCGGACCCGUCUCUGUCUCGACCCGAAAAGGGCUCUUUUUCUGUUCACAUAUGGCAAGGCUACGAAGACAAAGUGAUGCCAUUUCAGCUGCAAAGAUGUUUGUGCCGCAAGCUACCGUGGAUUAGGUACCAUGAGGUCCCUAAAGGAGGCCACCUGAUCGUGCACUACGACGGUGUAUGCGAUGCGAUUUUAAAAUCACUUCUUUUAGGAGAACAUCUCCCAAUGUACAAACCAAAAGAUGUGAUCAUUGAGCCAGCUUAGAGACUAAGUCACUAUUCUUAAAUUUUUUCGUUUUCUUGCUUGAUUCUUUGAUUUUGUUUGACAAAAGUCGAAUUCUCUUAUUUGUAAAAUAUAUAUGUACUUAUGAAUUUUUCAUAUCUAUGACAUAUUUAUUUUAUCCAUUAC